AUGACGGCGUCAUAUUUGAUUAAUAUUCCGAAAACGAAUUUAAAAUUAAAGAAAGUUAACGACUUUUCAAAGAGUAUUUUUAUCGACAAUUCUGGUUCAACAACUGGUCAAUUAGUACAUGUUGGAAAAGACAUUCUAAAAGCGGAAUUAAGUAUUUGUCAGGAUAUUAAAUUCGACAAUAUUAUCCUGUGGAAUUCAUCAGCCGAGAUAUGUAAAGAUAUAAAGUCAGCUAGAUCUACCGGUGGAACUGACCCCCAAGCUAUAUUUAAAAAUGGCUCUACAAAAGAAGCAUUCAAUACAUCAGAUGUUAUUGUGUUUGUCACGGAUGGGGAAAUUGAUAAUAGCAGUGUCACACAGUUUUCAACAUAUCUAAAAGACAAUUUGAAUAAAGCGUUGAUUAUUUCUGUGAUUGUCAAUAAAAAACUUGCUGAUCCAUCAAAAAUAAAUGUGUCCGUUGUGGCUCCCUUAAUGGUUGGCGGAAACGUAUUAUGUCUAUUCUAUGAUGGUCAAACGUUCUAUGUUCUAUCAUCGAAGGGUUAUAUUAGUAAUUUUUACAAAUCACCCGAUAAUCUAACCGAUUAUAAGUAUUUGAAUACACUUAAUAUGAAGGAGUUGUUUAAUAACUUGGACAUUUACGAAUAUGCUAAAAUACCCGAUGGAUAUAUUAGCAUUCGAGAUGAUGAAGAAGAAAUUUUGGCAUUGGAUUUCAACAAAUUUAUGAGUGUCACAGAUCUUGAUGCUGUCAAACAAAUAGGCGAAGAAGAAUGGAAGACGUUAAUUCAAUAUGGAAAAAUUGGCAAUAAAUUAGCUGAGCUACGCACAUUUGUUACACAAAUGAAAAACACAGCCGUUCGAUCAGACAUGGCUACUAUUAAGACAAAAUUUAAUUUUAAAUAUUCAAAACAACGAGAUGACAUUGUUGCAAAAAUUGUCGCUCUAAAAGCUGAUCCUGAUGCAGAUGCCGAGCAACUAGCGGCAUUUCGAAAAGAUCUACAUGAAAUAUCGGACAAAGCAAAAGUUGAAGAAUUAGAGUACAUUAAAUAUGUCAAUUCAAAUCUUCAUACAACUAGACAAUUCUGGAAUAAUAUUCAAAAUAUGAUCCACGAACAGGAAGUUGGUAGUUACAGUAUCAAUGAUUUCUCGUUUGCAUCAAAUCGAGCGAAUAGAGCAAAAACAGUGACCGAAAAUGACGAUGAUUAUGGCGAUACAUUGAAUGUUUUGGAUCACAGUGGUGUGCCAAAUAUUGAAUGUGCCAUCUGUAUGGAGCAAGGACCAGCUGUUCUUUGGUUAAAAUCACCGGCAAAUCUUGAUGAUUCAACAAGCGACUACGCCAUCAAUUUUCCUUUGCAACGAAACGAUAGUCUACGGAAUUGCAUUGUCUCAAAUCCUGUGUGUGGAUCAUGUGCCAACCCGUACAUGAAUGCUACCACGGCAGGUACAGGUGAAUUAAUCACUUUAUAUCGUGAAACGUGCUCUGGUUUUAUCCCAUUAAAGUGGUCGUCAGUGUCAAAUCAAAGAUAUUCAAAGUAUAUCCUUUACCGAACAUUAGCUGGCAACAAAGUUUUACAUCAUGUCUCAAUGUUACUAUUGGCUAUCGUCGAUGAUCACAAAUCAGACUGGUUUGAUGAACAGGUGAAAGCGUAUCUAAUUAAGCAAAUUGCCGAAAAUAUUUACACAACCGAUUCAUUUACCGAGGAAGGAACAAGAAUGACAUUUGUCAAUGCUAUACGUGAAGUUAUCAAACAAGAAGAUAAAUUGAUGAGACAACCAUUUACGGCUGUCUGUCGAAUCCUCAAUUUGAAUCGUCUGUUUCAUAAACUUGAUACAGAUAACAUUAUCCAGUUGCUGAGAAAACGAUUUUUCCUUACAUGUAUCGAGACACAAUGCAACAAGAGUAAGUAUGGACCUGAACAUUUGGCUAUAGUUAAAACAAAGUUGUACGAUACCAUAUUUUAUACGUUUUGUGGAAUACCAUUGCAAGGUUCAUUCAAACAAGUUAAUUUUGAUGAUCAAAAAUUAAAAGAGUUUUUGGGGAACACGUAUGACAGCUAUCUUGAUACCGUGACAAAAUUGGCUGUGAACAUUGGUAGUGAGUGUUCGGUAAUAUUCCCGGGCAAAGUUAUUUCUUACAUUUUGUAUUUGUUAACAACGGUGGAAAUUCAUGAUCGACCAAUGAAAUUAUACACUGCUUUUGCGUUACAACAUAAAAUGAUUCGAGAUAUGAAUGUCGAUUGGAAUGCUGCAACGAAAUCGGCGACUGAAAAUGUUUUUCGAAAUUCUCAUAAACUAUCGAAAAUUCUCAUCCCCGCUUACGCAAUUAAUUUAGGACGAUUUUCUUGUCCAAGUAAAUUCUUUUUCCAUACAAAACCAUUAUGGUCCUCAAGCGUCGAAAAUAAACGUGUCAAUAUUACUGCAUUAAUGAAUGAAGUCAAAACAAAUCUUGACAAGGAACUGAAGGAGGCAAAUGGUAGCGUUGCUCCGAACAAUCAAAGUGCACAUUUCCCAUUACAUUUAAUCGUUGCCGAAGUCUUGACUGAAAAAUAUGCGAAUGUCGAUAACAUAACUGAUGAAAUGGUGAUGGAUUGCAUGGUGAGAAUGGCACGCACAGCUGGGAAAAAGGGAAAUAUCUAUGCAGAAUACGUAUUCAAUGGUGUCGCUGUGACCAUUGUGGAUUAUUUGAAAUUUCGAAAAGAGACAAAAAAUUGGGCAACAUCAAAUGAAUUAGAAUGUCGUUCAUAUCAGUACAAAGUUAUUGCGGAAUUAAAAUCCUGUGGAAUGGAUUACAAUGAGAAUACCGAGGAAGUUCUAUUUAAACCAUCAUUAUUCAAAGUUCCGCACAUGCUCGAUGUUUAUAAUAGUGACAUCGAUUUAAUCGAUCUCAAAAAACGAGUACAAGAUUUGUAUACGACUACGAACACAGCAGCAGCAGCCGCAAAUGACAUAGAUCGAGCAUGUGUAAACAUUGAAAUCAAAGACUUUAUUGAAUUUGGAUACAAUAUGGAUACAAAUGCAUUGUUGCCAAUUUGGGCUCGUGAGCAACAAAAUAUUGUGUCAACGAUUGUCACUGAUACGGAUCAAAUCGAACAACCGAUUAAAUAUGUCGCCGGUCUGGAUAUUAGUUUUGUGAAAACAAACGACAAGGCGGUAGCAUCAAUGGUCAUAUUUGAUUAUCUAACACUGAAUAUUGUUGCGAAAAUCAGUGUCAACUGCAAUAUGAAAAUACCAUACGUUGCUGGAUAUUUGGCAUUUCGAGAAGCGCCUGUAUUCAUGAAAAUAAUCGAUAUCGUCAAAGAAAAUUGUCCUGAACUAAUACCACAAGUCAUACUAAUGGACGGAAAUGGCAUUUGGCAUCCACGUCGUGCUGGAAUUGCGUCUCAUUUUGGCGUUCUAAGUGACAUACCUUGUUUUGGUGUAACGAAAAAUGUUCUAGUGGCUGAUGGAGUAACACAAGAAAGUGUUGAAAAAUUGCUGAUUGAACAUGCAAACAAAGAAAAUGAAUUUGUUGAAGUUAAAGGUGAUAGCGGUGCUGUUUUGGGAUUGGCGUACAAUGUAACUGGAUUUGUGAAGAAUGCUGUGUACAUUAGCGCUGGACACAAAAUAACACUGCAAACAGCGAAAGAUAUAUUUAAAACUGUAACGAAAUAUCGUAUUACAGAACCAAUUCGACAAGCUGAUUUACUUAGUCGGAAACUUGUCGCAGAGCUUGAAUAA